AUGCAGACUACCGAUGAAGAGGUAGGCGAAGCCGCGAAACUUUGUAUGAACGACAACAUGGUCGAAAUCAUACGAACAGAACUCAGGGAAACUGUUUCGAUGAAGAGAAAAGAGGAUCGCACAUCCGCCUGGAACAGAAAUCGCCUUAACUUGGGAGAAUAUCCAGGGGUUGAAUCCUUUUCUAUUGAAUAUGUUGGCAAGAGAGCGAGGCUUCUCAAGAAGAAAAGAAUAUCUUUCGUGGAUUACAGAUACUUGCCUAAUGCUCUUAUUCAGUCAGAGGAAAAUAUAAGUGCCUUUUUAAAAGUAGACCAAAGCUUAUCAGGUCUAGUGCGUGAUCUGUCUGGCAGCGAUCCGACUUUCCAAUUGUAUGCAGCCAAUUGCUGCUGUAACAUUGCUCUGGGAAAUACAAAAGCGUGUACUGCGUUGGGAAAGGCAAUUAUUCCAUACCUGCUCAUCAAACUGGAAAGCUUAAAUUAUGCGCUGCUGGAUGUUUGCAUUUGGACAAUUGGUAAUUUAAUUACAGGAAGCAAUAAGGCUUUUUCUAUCUUACAUGCACAGCACUGUCUGAAAUAUUUGAUUUUACUGUUACAUAAUUGUGACGACUCAAUUCUUCCUUCUGUAAUAUAUGCACUUUUACACUACGUACAUGUGGGAAUUCAUGAGAUAUCAGAAAGUGAAAUGUCAGAACUUAUUCAAAUCAUUAUAAAACGGAAUAUUUUGUACGAGAAUUCAAAUUCUAUUUGGUUGCUGGCUUUGUUGUCUUCUUCACCAAUAUGCACUGUACAUUUGCGGUAUAUUCUGCCACAAGUUGUUGAUUAUCUUUACAUAACGUUUUCUAAUUCAGAUGGAAUGACUCGUGUCAGUGAGAUAACAGCAUCUAUACGUAUACUGGCCAACAUGUUGCAUAAUUCCAGCGAAGAUCAAAUUGAUGUUUUUCUGAAAAAUCCGAAAUAUUCGGAUAAGGAUCUGCAUCUUUUAUUGAAUAAAUUAUUAUCAUAUAUUCAUAUUCAUGUUAGAAAAGAGACUUUGUGGCUACUAGGAAACUUAUAUAAUCAUAGAUCGUCUAGUGUUGGUAAAAAUAUAAGAGAUCUCAUAACUUCUUUACCAGCAUUGAAUCAGGCUUUUUCCUCAAUCGAAAAUUCUAUAUGAAUUCAAAUGUAUGUUGAAACAACGCCAUUUUUAAAAAAAGGUACAAAUUUUCUCAAAGGAUCUGAGGAAGGAUAUCGAUUUUUUCCUAUAUCUUCUAUACAUGGCACCUUAACAAUGUUGAAGUAUAUUUGUCCCAUCAAAUUCGCCGUUGGAUGAUUGGCAGCUUUUAAACACUGAUAAAGGGCUUUAUCGCAAGUACAAUGUGAUCUGUAAAUAAUAAAAUCCUUGAAACUGAUUA